GUGCCGUCGUAGUUUACAUAUACUGCAUCUGAAUGAACAUGAUUGUAUCUUUCUUUCACAUGAUUUUCAGACCAUUAAUAUAUGAUUCAUAAGUUUUUUAUCUUUUCAACAAAACCAUUGAAUUUUUCAUUUCUCUACCUGGGAUUGAUUAGUCAUGACAAGUAGCAGUAGAAUUCUGGUGCGCACGCUGUCACCAAAACUAACUUCCACAACUACGGCUCGAUCCAGUUCUACUUGGGGGGACUUCAUACAAGGUGAGUUGGAGUCCAUAAGAAGAGCUGGCACUUGGAAGACAGAGAGGGUCAUUACGUCAUCUCAGAGUGCCCUGGUUAGUGUGGACAACAGAGACCAGAAGGUGCUCAACUUCUGUGCCAACAACUACCUCGGCCUCUCAGAUCAUCCCGAGGUGGUUCAGGCGUCCGUGGACACCCUGUUAAGACGUGGCUCCGGCCUCAGUUCCGUUCGCUUCAUCUGUGGCACCCAGGACAUCCACAAACAGCUGGAGAGGACCAUCGCCCAGUUCCACCACAGGGAAGACGCCAUCAUAUAUGCGUCAUGCUUCGACGCCAACGCUGGUAUCUUCGAGACCCUGCUAGGACCUGAAGAUGCUGUGCUAUCCGAUGAGCUCAAUCACGCUUCCAUCAUCGACGGAAUCAGGCUCUGCAAAGCGCGAAAGUUUCGGUUCCAGCAUCGAAACAUGGCGGAUCUAGAGGAGAAACUCACUGAAGCCUCGAGCCAACGAAUCAAACUUAUCGUGACCGACGGCGUUUUCAGCAUGGACGGAAACAUAGCCCCACUGGACAAAAUUUGCGACUUAGCGGACAAACACGACGCCAUUGUUUUAAUUGACGAAUGUCACGCGACCGGUUUCCUCGGGGAAACAGGAAGAGGCACAGAACAGUUUCUGGGAAUGAGAAACCGAGUCCAAAUAGUCAACUCCACUCUCGGAAAGGCGCUCGGGGGUGCGGCUGGGGGCUACACAUGCGGACCCAAAUUUUUAAUAGACCUUUUGAGGCAGAGGUCAAGGCCAUAUCUGUUUUCGAACACGUUGCCGCCAGCGGUUGUCGGCAGCGCUUUGAAGUCAUUCGAACUAAUUGAUCGAAGUCCCGGCAUAAUCGCAGACUUGCAGCGGAACACAAAAAUGUUUCGGGAAAAGAUGAAAGAUGCCGGGUUCACAAUUUUGGGCGACGAGCACCCCAUUUGCCCAGUGUUUGUGGGCGACGCCAAAUUAGCAAAUGACAUUGCCAGCGAACUGCUAUCGAGAGACAUAUAUGUGAUUGGAUUCAGCUAUCCGGUUGUUCCGACGGGAAAGGCAAGAAUCCGGGUGCAGAUUUCUGGAGGCCACAGUGUGAAAGACAUAGAGUUCGCGCUUGAGGCAUUCAAAGAUGCUGGAAAGAAGUUCAAGGUCAUUUGAAGACUGGUGACAUCUAAC